AUUACGCCCCUCAGCAUCAACAACAGUACGAACAUGACAUGGCGGCCGCACAGCAGUACGCACAACAAGCCGUGACAAAUGAAUGGCAGAUGACUGAACGUGCUUCUGUUCGACUUGCAGCCCGCGGAUCAAUACAGAUGCCGAUGCAUGCUUCCCAACGGCCCCAACCCACUCCGCCUAGCUACUACGCCACUCACGUGGCCUUCGCUGCUGCCGUUCCUUAUCCUCAUCCCAUUGCCGUGCAAAAGAGGAUACUGGAACAGCCGGAAGAGGAGACACCAAAGUCAAAGAAAGCGAAGACAAAAGCCAAAGCUGCAGAGGGCACUGCUGUGUCAAGACGUGGCUAUAAUGCCAAGAAGCGUAGUGAAGCGGCGCAGAUUGCCGCGCAGAAUGCGCAAUUGAUGCCCACGGUGUCGUAUGCUCACGUGUCCGUCGAGAAGGGGAAAGAAAGGUCUACUCCCGGCGAUUCCAUGAGGCUCGUGUCAUCAGAGGACGGCUUAUCUCACACCGAGUCUUCCGGCCCACUACAUCCCGAGCUGCAGUUUGCUCGAUGCAUGUCCAACCGUUAUAGAUCGGAGGAGUUUCCGCGAUGCGUUUCCUGCACUCGUCGAUGGGCUGGCGAUACUUGUCGAUUCCAAGGCAUUCGUUUCUUCUUGAAGAACGACAAGAAGAACAUCGUCGGUGUCAGUUUCGUGGAAAGCCAGAAACCCGACUCGCCCACGAUGAACUUCCCAGCCAAGUGGAACAUCCCAUUGGAAAAAUCUCAUAUCCGGCGCGUUAAGCGCACGGUCGCUCAGGCACUACUGCCGACGCUCAAGAAAGAGCUUGAACAUCUUGGUUUGAGUGAGAUCAUCCGCCGGCCAAGGGAAAGCGAAGUUCGUGCGACAUGCGAUACUUGCAUGACAUCGAUCUUCUCAUGCAGUUGGAUGUGCCGCCUUUGCGGUCGCGAAGCCUGCGCAGAGUGCUAUGAGCAAGUCAAGGAACUAACCAUCGAUAAAGCUGGUGCACCGGAGGCCGAAAUCGCAGCGCUCCAGGCUCGACGGGAGAGGCACGCUCACAUCAAUCCCUUCUUCCUUUCUUGCACCAGGAGGAACGAGCAUCAGGCAAAAGAUUUCUCGCCCAUGUCGCGCUUCUGCAAGGCAGAGUUAUCCGAAGCUAUCAGGGAAAUGGAAGCUCUAUUGCAAGAGACCGAGAGUCAGGUAAUAUCGCCGGAGCUGGGCUCUAUCGAUGCUGCCGUACCGGCGCCAGUUCCAAGCACAGCUGGCAUCUCUGGAGCCAGCUACGCGGCACCUCGCACCUUCUCCGAGAGCAUCGGCACUGGUGUUCCUCCUGAGCCUUCCUCCUUCGCUGCGAGUGCCCUCUCGCCAGUCCAGUCCAUGAACGGCCUCACCAGCGUGCUGUCUCAUGAUACGCUCUAUUUUGCCGAGGGGGAACUCUCGGAUGAUAUCUUCCGCCGCAUCUGGAAGAGAGGCGAACCUUUGGUGGUCACGGGCCUUCUGCGGAAGUUCCAUGUCCAGUGGACGCCGGAAUACUUCUUGAAUAAAUAUAGCAGCCAGAGUUGCCUAAUCCUUGAAUGCCAGACAGACCAAAACAAGCGCGUCACGGUUGGUGAGUUCUUCUCAUGGUUUGGAAAGUAUGAAGGACGCCGCGACUGCUGGAAACUCAAAGACUGGCCCCCCUCGACCGACUUCAGGACGGCGUUCCCGGAGUUGUAUGACGACUUCAGCAACGCUACGCCGGUCCCGAAUUAUGUUCGGCGCGACGGUGUACUGAAUAUGGCGUCGCAUUUCCCAAGCAACACGGUUGCACCUGACCUCGGGCCGAAGAUGUACAACGCGAUGGCAUCGUUCGAAUCGCAAGGCAGUAAGGGCUCAACGAGGCUUCACAUGGAUAUGGCGGACGCUAUCAAUAUCAUGCUCCAUGCCGAGCAGACACCGGACGGGCGCCCCGGAUGCGCUGCAUGGGACCUGUUCAGGGCAGAGGAUGCUCCGAAAUUGCGCAAAUUCCUGAAGAAGAAAUUCAAGGGUCAAUUUCAGCACGAUCCGAUCCACUCGCAGCAGUUCUAUCUUGACUCCACGCUUCGCCGCGAGCUGUUCAAGGACUAUGGCGUCAAAAGCCACCGGGUCUACCAGAAACCUGGUGAAGCAGUGUUCAUCCCCGCCGGCUGUGCACAUCAGGUUUGCAAUCUCGCGGACUGCAUCAAGGUCGCGUGCGACUUUGUUAGCCCGGAGAACAUCGAUCGGUGCGAGAUGCUCACGCGUGAGUUCCGCGAGCAGAAUCAGUCCAUGGCAUGGAAGGAAGACGUCCUGCAAUUGAGGACGAUGAUGUGGUUUGCAUGGCUCUCGUGUCGCCGUCAGGAAAAGGACAUGGAAUCAUGAGUGGUAUGGUUUCUGCUCUGCCGUCUCGCUUCGUUCUGCAUUCGUACGCUAGCACUUAUGUUUGCUAACUCGACCAUCUCAUUCGCACGCCUGUGUUACUCUGUUGUAUAUUGUGCGCUUCAUGUAUCGUCUUACGGCCAAGCAUACUAAUAUAUCCGAAAAGAAGGCCGAUCAUCCAGAUGAAAGGGUAAGGACACGCAAGGGCUCCAUAAUGUUGUGACAAUAUAAUUGAUGGAGGACGAUGAUCCCAUUUGUGGCCAC